UCCGGCUGCUUGUGGAUCGGUUGCCUGGCUGCAUUUAUUCGCAUUUCGCCAUUGGAGUUGCACGUCGUAGUCGUAUUUGUCGUCUCUUUGCAAAUAUCUGAGAGUAAAGCGUAUAACCAAAAUGAAUGUGGAGAAACUGAAGCGGCUGCAGGCGCAGGUGCGCAUCGGUGGCAAGGGAACGCCCCGUCGCAAAAAGAAGGUCAUGCACCAGACGGCCGCAACCGAUGACAAGAAGCUGCAAAGCUCACUGAAGAAGCUCUCCGUGAGCACCAUACCCGGCAUAGAGGAGGUCAACAUUAUCAAGGAUGAUCUAACAGUCAUACAUUUUAACAAUCCCAAAGCACAGGCCUCACUCUCCGCAAAUACAUUUGCAGUGACCGGUCAUGGCGAGACGAAGAAGAUUGUCGAAAUGCUCCCAGAGAUAUUGCCUCAGCUCGGUCAGGAGACAGUCGUUCAGCUGCGCAUGUAUGCCAACACCAUGUCGAAUAAUCAGAAGAGCCCUGAAAGUGGCGGACCAGUAGCAGCCAACAAUGGCGAGGAGGAUGAAGAUGUGCCCAUGCUGGUGGAUGAUUUCGAUGAGGUCGCCAAGUUGGAGGCUGACAAGCAACAGCAGCAGCAGCAGCCGGCUCCAGCUAUCGAUAAGAAAAACAAUAAACAGCAGGAGCAGCAGGCAAAGCCCGCAGCAGAGAAACCGAAGGAUGCCAAGAAAUCGAAUAAGGAGAAUAAGGACAACAAGCAGCAGCAACAACAGCAGCAACAACAGCAACAGCAGCAGCAACAGCAGCAGCAGCAGGGAAAGAAAAAACAGGAGGGUAAGAAACAGCAGCAGCAGCAGGAUUCAAAGCAAAAUGAAGCCAACAAGAAGCCUAAUAAUGAAAAGCCGAAGGACAAGCAGGAUAACAAGAAAUCUCAGUCAAAGGCACAAGAGCAAGUGGAGAAGAAGAAUCAACAGGAAGCGCAGCCCACUAAGGAGCAACCGAAUAAAAACAAACCCGAUGCAGUUGCUCCCCAAGACCAGCCCAAGCCAGUAGCUAAGGAGGAGCAAAAACCAGCAGCAAUUACUGUGGAUAUUCAAAAGACAGAGGAACCUCAAAAGCCACAACCUGAAAAACCGUCAGAGGCACCCAAAGCAGAACAGUCGAAGCCAAUGGAGACCAAGGAUCAACCCUUGCCAGCAGCAAAGCCUAGUCCACCCACUCCGACACCUGUUGCUGCUCCUGUUCAGGUGAAGACGCCGCCCGCUGUUCAAACAUUAGCUCAAAUUGUCGCCGCUGAGCCACCAAAGCCAGCAGUUCAAGCUCCAGUUGCAGAGAAACCCGAACAAAAAGUGGAGAAUAUUACUGAAUUGAAAGAGAUCCCAACUUCUGCUGCUUCAGCUGCCGAGCAGAAGCCAGCGGCAGUUGCGGCUCCAGCGAAAGUUGAGGUAAAAGCUGAAACCGCCGCAAAUCAGCCUCAGCGGAAACCAGCCGAGCCGAAGCAAAAGGAAGCUAGCCCACAAAAGGGCACUCCACAGCAAGCCAAGCCGGCAACACCGAAGCAAGUGACUCCACCACCAGCAAAGCAAGUGACACCGCCAGCGACUCCACCAGCUGAAGCUAAGCCGGUGGUAGAACAGCAGCAACAGCAUCAAAAGCCAACAGAAAUUGCCACUCCGGCAGUUCAAGUCAUCAAAGACGCAUCAAAGCAGCAGUCCGAGAAAAAAUCAGGACAAAAGAAAGCUGGAACGCCCACGCCACAGCCGGCAAAACAGGCAUCUCCCAAGCAAGUGACUCCACCACCUGCCAAGCAAGUAACUCCGCCAGCGGAGCUUAAGAUUAUGGAACAACAACUGCAGAAACCAGUAGCAGCGGCACCUUCUGCAGCAGCUCCCGUUGCUGCUCCCGCUGCAGCAGAUUCUGCUCCCGCUGCAGCAGAUUCUGCUCCCGCUGCAGCAGAUUCUGCUCCCGCUGCAGCAGAUUCUGCUCCCGCUGCACUAGCUUCGACUCCAGCUCUUGUUCCAGCUGCAGCAGCUCUUGCUUCUGCACCGGCUGCAGCAGCUCCUGCUUCUACACCGGCUGCAGCAGCUCCUGCUUCUACACCGGCUGCAGCAGCUCCUGUCUCUGCACCGGCUGCAGCAGCACCAGCUCUUGCUCUGGCUGCAGCUGCAGCAGCUCCUGCUCCGGCUGCAGCAGCACCAGCUCCUGCCCCGGCUGCAGCAGCACCAGCUCCUGUUCCAGCUGCAGUAGCACCAGCUUCUGCUCCGGCUGUAGCAGUACCAGCACCUGCUCCGACUGCAGCAGUUCCUGCACCGGCAGCAGCAGCUUCUGCGCCGACAGCAGCAGCUCCUGCACCGGCAACAGAUACUCCAGCUCCAGCUGCAGCAGUACUAGCUCCUGAUCUGGCUUUAGUAGCACCAGCACCUGCUCCAGCUUCAGCAGCUUCUGCUCCAGCUGUAGAUGCUGUUGCUCCUGCUCUUGCUUCAGCUGCAGUAGCACCAGCUGCUGCUCCUGCUGCAGCAGCACCAGCUGCUGCUCCUGCUGCAGCAGCACCAGCUGCUGCUCCUGCUCCAGCUCCGGCUGCAGCAGCUCCUGUUCCAGCUCCGGCUGCAAUAGCUCCUGCUCCAGCUCCGGCUGCAGCAGCUCCUGCACCUGCUGCAGAUGCUCCUGCUUCUCCCCCUGCUACAGCUGUAGCAGCAUCAGCGGCAGCUCCUGCACCGGCUGCAGCAGCUCCAUCUCCUGCUCCUACUUUAGCUGCAGCAGCUCCUGCUCCUACUCCCGCUGCAGCAGCUCCAGCUUCUGCUCCCGCUGCAUCCACACCAUCUUCAGACUCGGCCGCUGCUCCCACACCUGCUGCACCAGCUCCAACUCAAAAGCCAGGAAAUGGCAAGAAACAAGAUCACGGCCAGAAGUCCAAGCAGCAGCAGCCUAAGACCGGCCAGACACAACAACAACAACAACAACAAGCUCCAAAGCAACCACAAGCCGGCAACAAACCACAACAGCAGCAGCAAAAGCAGACGGCUCCCAAGUCACCAGGCCCAAAACCUGCCCAACAGCAGCAGCAGCAACAGGGCAAGGGCAAUCAAAAGGCAUCGCCACCCAAACAGCAGUCACCCAAGAAUAACCCUCAACAGCAACAACAACAACAACAGCAAAAAGCGAAUGAUGGCAAACCCAAGACACCGGCAAAUACACCCGUCUCGCAGACAUCGCCCAAGUCGACGCCGUCACCGAAAGCAGGCACUUCACCUAAGGCGGCCUCCCCGAAGGCGGGCACGCCAACGACACCCCCAGCUGGGGCUGCGGCUGCACCGCCUGCUGCUCCCCAAGGCAAUUAAAAAUGGUUUCAGUGCAUUUUCAAAUAGUAACGAUCGGUGCAUAGAAAGAAGAAGCAGAACGAUUGACAUUCAA